CAUGGGCACAACCAGUCAGCCUGCAGGAACGAGGAAGUGUUCAACCCUCCUGAUUCAACACUAAAUACGGCAGUGAGCAGGACUGAAGAAGAGAAGAGAGGAGAUGGCAGCGUUAGAUUCACACUCAGAGCUGAAGUUGGUGGUGCUGGGCCGGGCUUGGACAGGAAAGCGUCCAGCUGUCUGCACCAUCCUGGACCUGCAAGACAGCGAGCGGGGCACAGAUGUACAAGACAGCCAGGAAUGCAGCAAACACAGAGGAGAGGCUGCUGACAGACAGGUGAUGGUGGUAUCCAGUCCAGACUGGUUCAGCUCAGACUGCGACUCAGAUGACAGAAGAAAGCACAUCUCUUCCUUUAUCGCCUUAUCCAGCCCGGGGCCUCAUGCCUUCCUGCUGUGUGUCCCUGUGAACCAGCCAGCUGUUGGAGAGGCCAAAGCGCUGGGUGUCCUGCAGACGUUGUUUGGCCCCUCUGCAGUCAGCAGCAACACCAUCAUACUCUUCACCCACACGGAGGAGCUGGAUGAGGGCGAGCAGCUGGAGGAAUACCUGGUCACGUGGCGCAAGGACCUGCGGGCGCUGGUGGAAAGAUGCGGUGACAGAUACCACACCCUGGAAACCCGCGGUGGAGAACCAGAGGAGAGGAAAGUUGUGGAGGAACUGCUGGAGAAGGUGGAGAAGAUGGUGAAAGAGAGCGGGACACAGCACUUAAACUGCCCCCUCUAUCAGGAAGCAGAGGAGAGGGUGAGAGCGAGGCAGUUAGAGAUAGUCAGACAGAGGAGAGGAGAGGAGCUCGAUGACCAGGCAUCUCCCACAGACUCACAACCGGAGGAAAACGUGACGGAUGAAGAGAUGGAGAGAGUCCGGGAAGAGGCAGAGAGGAGCGUAGGGGAUUUGAAUGUGGAUGUAGAUAGUAUUUUCCCCUCUACCAUCAUGACUUCGUCGCAUCCUCCUUCGUUCUUCUGGGGCUUGUGGGAGAAGCUGACAGGCUGGAUGAAGUGGGCGUCCACACUUGUGAGAAGGGAGGCCUUGGUGGGAGCUCUGGUCGGCCUGUUUGUGGGAGGGCCGUUUGGAGGUAUGGUGGGGGCCACCGUGGGAUCAGUGGCUACUGAGGUGGGGAGAAGAAAAACACAGAAAACGAAAUAAGUUAAUAAUUAAUUUGCACUUAGAAGUCACUUCACUGUGUUCAGCAAACCAAUGUAUUACUGAGCUAUUGGCUUAUCAGCUAGCACCAAAAAAAGUAUUUAUACUAACAACUGAGCACUACUUAUUUUAUAUUUUAGGAUGGGAACCACUCUCUAAUGAGGAAAACUGUAUUAUCUAAUGACUUAAUUAAUGGUUGAUGAAUGACCCUGUGUAGAUAAGGCCCAGUAAUAAGCCAUUAAUGAGUAAUAUUUGGGUCUUUUUCCAUUAUAAUAAUCAUAUAAUAAUAAAUCUGCAGAACACACCACUUACAUAUUAUCACCCUUUAAGCUAACACUUGCCUUUUAUGCAUCCAGCAGAAAAGGGUUAGAUAAACAUAAGUACACUCCUAAGUUCAUUCUCUUUUAGCUCCAUUUUUGGUCUCCAUCAGCUCCAGCAGGAAAUAUCCAUUUCUUUAGCUGUUUGAAUGCUUCACUAUAUUCACCAACUAGUCGCUAAACUUGUCUGUCUGCUGUUUGGUUCUGCGCAAUGAGCGUACAGUCAGUUUUUAGAACUGUUUUGAUGAAAGAAGUCACCUGUCGUGGCUAAAAAUUAAAGCAUGAGAGCCGUGAGAGUCAAUGCAAACAGCAAAGUUGCUGGUCGGGAAACCGAAACAAUGAGUUAUAAAACAUUGUAAAGCUCUGUAGAUCUGAGGCUAACAUAGGUGAUAACUCUGUGGUAUCAUUCAAUAUGAGUGACACCUUUCACAUUACACAGCCAACUGAUCCAUCGUUAUCAUAAAAAUAUUCUUUAAGGUGUCAUUCGGUUGGAGGAUAUACACAGCUGACCUGGCAACCUAAAAAAGUAGUGGCUUAUUACUGAUCUAUAAAUAAAUACCACAUUAUUCAUUAACCAUUAAAAAUCAUAAGUUAUUACUGUUUAAUUAUUUUUAGACUUUUUAGAAAGUGACACAUCAGAUGGUUGAGAACACUUUUGUUAAGAGGCAAUACUAAGAAACGUCCACAUGGUGGAGACAUUGACCUUUUUAUUGAAGAAGUAUAAAUGUUUGAGGUGAACUGAGAGAUACUUUUUUCCUGCUUACCAAGCAAA